GCGUCUUUAUAACGAGACGCUGUCAUCUUUCAUCUUUAUCUCUUACCACGAUGGCUUACAAUCAAUCGCCCAAUUACUACCCCAACUAUAGUGGUGGCCAGCCUGGAUAUCCUCAACAGGGUAUGUACCCGCCGCCACUUGGAGCUCCUGGAGGCUACGGUGGUCUACCUCCACCCAUUCCAACCCAUUCUUAUCCUGGAGCACCUCCUCCUAUGCCAAUGAAUUACCCCAACCAAUACGCGCCACCUUCUGGGCCACCUCCUCCGCCAAAUGCAAAUUAUAAUCCAUCGUAUGUGCCACCACAGCAAUAUCAGCCUCCGCAAGGUCCACCUCUAGGACAGUAUCAGUCAUCUCAUGGAGCACCUUACCAACCACAAGGUUUGCCUUAUCCGCCGCCACCGAUGCAGUCCUUUGCGCCUCCAGGACAGGAGGCGCGCUACCUGGGCGUCACGGUUCUAGCGCCACAUGCACAUCCCUCUACAGCUAUGAUCCCUGGAUAUAACCCCUCGGGCGAUGUAGAGGCCAUCAGGAACGCGACUAAGAAGAUGGGUACCGAUGAGAACUUAGUGAUCUCUACGCUGGCGCCACGCACGUCAAUGGAGAUGAUUGCCCUUUCGAACGCGUUUUUAGCCAAGACUGGAAAAACAAUGGAGGAUACAUUGGACGGGGAGACGAGCUAUAAUUUCAAGACGGCAUUGCAUGGUCUCGCUCUUGGCCCUUUAGGUUGUGAUGUCUGGCUUGCUCACUUGGCCAUUGAUGGAGCCGGAACAAACGAGAUCUUGCUGACAGAACUCCUACUCGGACGCUCAAACGAAGAGCUUCAACUAUUAAUUGGCGCCUAUCAGAAGACUCAUCAUCGAAGUCUCGUUGACGCGGUCCGGGAUGAUCUGAGUGGGAAGACGAAGAGAUUGUUCACCAUGGCGUUGGCCGCCUCUCGGCCUCCGGAUCACUUCCCUGUGAACCCUCAACAAGUUGACAGUGACGUGCAGGCAUUGUACAAGGCUGGGACCGGGAAGAUAGGGACCGACGAGGUAAAGCUAUCAGUGAUAGAUUUCGCUUUGUUUCUCACGGACUGGAUUUUCCAGAUUGCUUUCUUUGAUAUACUCGUAAAUCGAUCCACGCCUCACCUAACAGCUCUGUGUAACGCAUAUAAAAUAAAAUACAAGAAGACACUGUCGAGGGUGAUCAAAUCAGAGUUCUCUGGUCACUCUCGAGAUGCGCUUCUAUACAUCGUUAAGGGCGUAAAAGAGAAGCGGCUAGGUGAGGGACCGGGUAUCUGGCGAGAUGCACAGUUACUCGAGGCUUCGAUGAAAGGAUUCGGAACGAAAGAUGAACAAUUAAUUUGGAGGUAAGCAUGACAGUUGUUUUCGGAGACGCACAUGCUUACAGAUAUGCAGAGUACUGCGUGCGCAUUGGGAUCGCCCCCGUAUGGAGAGACUGAAAGCGGCGUAUCAAAAGCGAUAUAGGAAAUCACUUGGAGAUCGCAUCGGUGGAGAAACGAGUGGAUCGUACAGAAAGUUGCUGCUGGCACUUGUCAGAUAAACGAUAUGUGUGUAAAGUAAUGUGUAUUAGUAGGAUACCACGUAACCAUUCUCGGCAGUUCUUGACUUGGGGCGGAUACUUAAUAACUUGGACGUCGGCAUGUACGCUUGGUGGCGGCCGUCUUUGCGCCGCACCCGACUACUUCCAUCCAUA